AUGAGUACCACCACUGGCCCAGAAACUGCCCCGAAACCAAGCGCCAAGUUUAUCUACGAGCAGAGGAAGCUUUACUCCACUGUGGUUAUGGCCGACAUAUCCCAGUAUUCAGUCAAUCACCUGGUGACAUUCUGCCUGGGUGAGGACGAUGGUGUGCACACCGUGGAGGAUGCCUCGCAGAAGCUGGCCGUCAUGGACAGCCAGGGCCGCGUCUGGACACAGGAGAUGCUGCUGCAAGUGUCCCCCGACCAUGUCACGCUGCUUGACCCCAUCUCCAAGGAGGAGCUGGAGUCCUACCCGCUGGGCGCCAUCGUGCGCAGUGAUGCGGUGAUGCUACCCGGCCGGAGCCGCUCGCUGCUGCUGCUCGUGUGCCAGGAGCCUGAGCGCUCGCAGCCCGACGUGCACUUCUUCCAGGGCCUGCGCCUCGGGGCGGAGCUGAUCCGAGAGGACAUCCAGGGGGCGCUGCACAACUACCGCUCCGGCCGUGGGGAGCGCAGGGCUGCGGCGCUCAGGGCCACGCAGGAGGAGCUGCAGCGCCACCACACCCCCGCCGCUGAAACUCCGCCCCUGCAGCACCGCCCUUCAGUCCGUGCGAUGAUCAGUACAGUGAAGCCGGGCGCAAGACCCCAGGUGGAGUCCAUCCCCGAGGCAGAAGAGGUGCGGGCGCCCGGCCUGGUGGUGACCUCGAGCAGCGCUGACCCCGCCUCCCCAGACUUGGGCCCCCAAGGGCUUGACAUAGCCAGUCUGCAGGCGGAGCAGGAAGUGGAUAUCCUGAACCAUGUGUUCGAUGAUGUAGAGAGGUUCGUAUGGCGGCUACAGAAGUCGGCAGAGGCGACCCGCGUCCUGCAGCAACAAGAGCGUGGCCGUAGGACCCGGCGUCGGGCGUCUGGGGAGGGCCUGCUGACACUUCGGGCCAAGCCGCCCUCAGAGGCUGAGUACACUGACGUGCUUCAGAAAAUCAAGUACGCCUUCAGUCUGCUGGCCCGGCUGCGCGGCCACAUCUCUGACCCCUCCUCCCCAGAGCUACUGCACUUCCUGUUCGGACCCCUGCAGAUGAUUGUGGACACGUCAGGUGGCCCCGAGUUUGCGAGCGGGGUGCGGCGGCCGCACUUGACGUCUGAGGCCGUGGCGCUGCUGCGGGACACCAUUACCCCACUUGAAAGCGCUCUGUGGACCUCACUAGGAGACUCUUGGACCCAGCCGGGGGUGGAGUUGCCCCCGGAGGAGGGACCUUCAUACACUCCCGAGUUCGACACCGUCUGGGAACCCCCAGCAGCCGACCCACAGGGCCGCGCCUGGGAGGACCCAGUGGAGAAACAGCUACAGCAUGAGCGGAGGCGCCGGCAGCAAAGCGCCCCUCAGGUUGCUGUCAAUGGUCUGCAGAACCCGGAGUUGGAAGCUGAGCCCCAGCCAGAGCCGGCGCCGCCGGCGGGGAAGUGGGUCCUGUGUAAUUACGACUUCCAGGCACGCAACAGCAGCGAGCUCUCGGUCAAGCAGCAGGAUGUGCUGAAGGUCUUGGAUAACAGACGCAAGUGGUGGAAGGUUCGGGACCAGCGGAGGCAGGAGGGAUACGUGCCCUAUAAUAUCCUGACACCCUAUCCAGGACCCCAGGGGAGUCAAAGCCCUGCAGGCAGCCCGAAUAGCACGACCCCCGCGCCUCCAGCCCCGGCCCUGGCUCCGGCACUGGUUCGACCCCACUGGGACAGCUGCGAUAGCCUCAAUAUCUUGGACCCCAGCGAGAAGGAGAAGUUCUCCCAGAUGCUCAGUGUCAACGAGGAGCUGCAGGCGCGCCUGGCCCAGGGCCGUUCGGGCCCCAGCCGCACCGCCCUGGGGCCCCGCACCGCCCCGGGGCCCCGCACCGGGGAGCCGCAGCUCAGCCCACGCUCGGACGCUUCAGAGGUCCGAGCCUGGCUGCAGGCCAAGGGCUUUAGCUCCGGCACGGUGAACGCGCUGGGCAUGCUGACAAGUUCGCAGCUUUUCUCGCUGCAGAAGGAGGAGUUCCGGGUUGUGAGCCCCGAGGAGGGGGCACGUGUGUACAGUCAGGUCACGUUGCAGCGCGCGCUGCUGGAGGACUCGGAAAAAGUGUCAGAGCUGGAAGCGGUGAUGGAGAAGCAAAAGAAGGUGGAAGGCAAGACGGAAACAGAAGUCAUCUGACCCUACCCGGCCACUCUGCAAAAAAUUUCGGGGCAGCGGAUUUCCCCGCGCCCUGUGGAAGGAUGGACUCUUUCGAUUACCCCCACAAUUGAAAUGGCCUCCCCCUAUUCCAGUGGACAAAUGGACCAGUCCUUGCCGGAGUCCCUCCUGAGCUCGCGGAUUGGACGGGAGCAGGAAGGGGCACGGCGUGGAGACAAUUUCGGAGAGCGCUUGCAGCGCAUCCCCGGUAGAGG